AUGGCUUGUGAUGCUAGACUGGCUAUGCCAGUAAUAAUUGAUAGUUGUCCUGAAUUAUUAGAUGGGGUGGACUCCUUGGUGGAUGUAGGUGGUGGCGAUGGAACAGUUUUGAGUAUGUUAGUCAAGGCCUUUCAUUGGGUUUAUGGCAUUAACUUUGAUCUUCCUUAUGUUGUGUCUGCUGCACCUAAUUGUAUUGGUGUUAAACACAUUGGAAGUGACAUGUUUGAAAGCCUGCCAAAGGCCGAUGCUGCUUUCCUCAUGUGGGUUCUGCAUGAUUGGGGAGAUGAAGAGUGUAUUCGUAUCCUGAGAAAGUGUCGAGAAGCUAUUCCAAAUGACAAAGGGAAGGUGAUUAUUGUAGAAGCUGUGAUUGAAGAAGAUGAAGGAGAUAAGCUCAAGCAUGUGAGUGUACUGAUGCUGGACAUGGCGAUAAUGGCUUUUACAGACAAGGGGAAACAGAGGACUCUGAAGGAGUGGGCAUAUGUGCUUGGCGAAGGUCGACACAAUGUGAAACGCAUUCAAGCUGUUCAGUCCAUUAUCCUUUAA